AUGGCCGGAACCGGUGUCAAGGAAAUUCAAUCAUCUCUUGAAUCCUUGGAGCUUAAAACAAAUGUUGCUACUCAAGAAGAUGCUCAUGUGGUUGAAGACGAUGUAGAUGAAACAAAAAGACACUUGAAUGUCAUUUUCAUUGGCCAUGUUGAUGGGCUGGACACACAUGCAAACCUUGCAAUUCUUGGCGAAGGUGAAGCUCUUCCUUCGCAGCCAACAACAAAACAUCGUCGUCAUCGUCCCGGCUGUUCAUGCAUCGUCUGCAUCCAACCACCAAGCGGGAAGGGUCCAAAGCACAAGCAGACAUGCACCUGUAACGUUUGUAUGACGGUUCGCCGCCGCUUCAGGACGCUCAUGCUUCGACGCGAGAAGAAGGCGACAAUAGAUAUGCCUCGCAAGAAAGAGACAGGCCAAUCCAGUGAGAAGGUCACACAAGCUGUUUCCGUCCCGCCAGUAGCCAGUGCCAGUGCAACCAGCUCCCCUCGGAAAGCAGAUGGAAUUGCCGAUGGACCCGAAGACGACACACUUGCAAACCUUGCAAUUCUUGGCGAAGGUGAAGCUCUUCCUUCGCAGCCAACAACAAAACAUCGUCGUCAUCGUCCCGGCUGUUCAUGCAUCGUCUACAUCCAACCACCAAGCAGGAAGGGUCCAAAGCACAAGCAGACAUGCACCUGUAACGUUUGUAUGACGGUUCGCCGCUGCUUCAGGACGCUCAUGCUUCGACGCGAGAAGAAGGCAACAACAGAUACGCCUCGCAAGAAAGAGACAGGCCAAUCUAGUGAGAAGGUCACACAAGCUGUGUCCGUCCCGCCAGUAGCCAGUGCCAGUGCAACCAGCUCCCCUCGGAAAGCAGAUGGAAUUGCCGAUGGACCCGAAGACGACACACUUGCAAACCUUGCAAUUCUUGGCGAAGGUGAAGCUCUUCCUUCGCAGCCAACAACAAAACAUCGUCGUCAUCGCCCCAGCUGUUCAUGCAUCGUCUGCAUCCAACCACCAAGCAGGAAGGGUCCAAAGCACAAGCAGACAUGCACCUGUAACGUUUGUAUGACGGUUCGCUGCCGCUUCAGAACGCUCAUGCUUCGACGCGAGAAGAAGGCGACAACAGAUACGCCUCGCAAGAAAGAGACAGGCCAAUCCAGUGAGAAGGUCACACAAGCUGUGUCCGUCCCGCCAGUAGCCAGUGCCAGUGCAACCAGCUCCCCUCGGAAAGCGGAUGGAAUUGCCGAUGGACCCGAAGACAUGGCCGUGGAUCACAAGGUGACAUCCUCUCCGGUCAAGAACCAUAUUGACCUGAACAUCCAACCUGAUCGGGAUGAUGAGCAGUCACCGAAAUCUGGUGCGGCUGGUUUGUUGAGCCGAGACAAUCCAAGUUAG